AAGGCAAGCAAGCGUUUAUUUUGGCUCUGCUACUCGUUUGUCUCACUGUCGCCGCCAUUAAACAACACGGUGGCGAUGUAAACCAUGGAGUGUCGCGGAUUUAAAACAUGAUUCCGGGGCUACGGAGGCUUUGCCAAGGUGUGGUUUAUUCCGCGACAGGUUAAUGUGUCCACGAAGGUAAACAUGUGAGAGAGCGAAGGGGUCGAAAUAACUCGGAUUGGGAAAGGUUUGACAGAGCAGGAGGAGGAGGGGGGUGGGCUGUACAAGAAGGGUUUGUUGUGGUUUACAGCAGCACUUGGGAAACGAGCGGAGCCCCGAAACGAGUGAUCCACAAUGACGGAACAGAAGAUAAAGUGGGUCUGUGACUACUGCACCUAUGAAAACUGGCCCUCUGCAAUCAAGUGCACAAUGUGCCGUGCACACAGGUCAAGGGGUCCCAUCAUCACAGAGGAACCUUAUAAGAACAGCCCAGAUCUGGACCCCAGCCCGGAGUGGGAUCCCCCUAGAACUGAGAGUGGCAGCAGUCUCCUCAUCUGCCCUGACUCCAGUGCUCGGCCAAGAGUUAAGUCAGCCAGCAUGGCAGAGAUUGCUAACAAGUGGUCUUGCCAGAUAUGCACCUACCUGAACUGGCCCCGGGCCAUCCGCUGCACACAGUGUCUGUGUCAGCGGCCGAGGACCAGCAGCCCCACAGAAUCCCCCCAGACAUCAGGCUCCAACGCAGGCUGCCGUCCUGCUCUCCACUCCCCCGUGGACACCUGUGAGGAGUACAAUGACAGAAACAGACUCAACACCCAUCAGCAACACUGGACAUGCACAGCUUGCACUUACCAGAACUGGCCCAAAACUACAAAGUGUGUGGUGUGCGACCACCCCAAACCCAACAACCUAGAAUCCAUAGAGCUGGCCGAGUCCGCGGAGCCGACGCCUAUGAUCAACGAGCAGGACAGGGCCAGGUGGAGGGGCAGUUGCAGUGGGGGUCAGAGAAGGUCCCCUCCUAUGGCUAAGAGGGGCGACAAUAUGAAAAUGGACUUCCAGAGGAUAGAACUCGCAGCGGGAGCCAUGAGCAGCAAAGAGGAGCAAGAGGUCGACUUCAAGAAGCUAAAGCAGAUUAGAAACCGGAUGAGGAAGACGGACUGGCUGUUCCUCAAUGCCUGUGCUGGAGUGGUGGAGGGAGACCUGGCAGCAGUAGAAGCCUACAAGUCGUCUGGCGGGGACAUUGCCCGGCAGCUCACCGCCGACGAGGUGCAGCUCCUCAACCGGUCCUCUGCGUUUGAUGUGGGCUUCACCCUGGUGCAUCUGGCAAUUCGCUUCCAGAGACAGGACAUGCUGGCCAUCUUGCUUACAGAGGUGAACCAGCAGGCAGCUAAGUGUAUCCCCUCCAUGGUGUGUCCCGAGCUGACGGAGCAGAUCCGCAGGGAGAUCGCAGCCUCGCUACACCAACGCAAAGGAGACUUCGCCUGUUACUUCCUCACUGACCUGGUCACCUUCACCCUGCCUGCAGAUAUAGAGGACCUGCCGCCUGCUGUCCAAGAGAAGUUGUUCGAUGAGGUGCUGGAUCGAGAUGUGCAGAAAGAGUUGGAAGAGGAAUCUCCUGUCAUCAACUGGUCUCUGGAGCUGGGCACACGUCUGGACAGUCGCCUGUACGCCUUAUGGAACCGCACAGCCGGAGACUGUCUGUUGGACUCAGUUCUGCAAGCCACCUGGGGCAUCUAUGACAAGGACUCUGUUCUACGCAAGACCCUCCAUGACAGCUUGCAUGACUGUUCCCACUGGUUUUACACGCGCUGGAAGGAGUGGGAGUCUUGGUACUCGCAGAGUUUCGGUUUGCAUUUCUCCCUGAGAGAGGAGCAGUGGCAGGAGGACUGGGCGUUCAUCCUGUCUUUGGCCAGCCAGCCCGGGGCCAGCCUGGAGCAGACCCACAUUUUUGUUCUCGCACACAUUCUUCGCAGACCGAUCAUAGUCUACGGAGUGAAAUACUACAAAAGUUUCCGUGGGGAAACGUUAGGAUACACUCGUUUUCAAGGUGUGUACCUGCCUCUGUUAUGGGAGCAGAGUUUCUGCUGGAAGAGCCCGAUCGCCCUGGGCUACACGCGGGGCCACUUCUCGGCCCUGGUGGCCAUGGAGAACGACGGCUACGACAAUCGCGGUGCGGGCGCCAACCUCAAUACUGACGACGACGUCACGGUCACUUUCUUGCCGCUGGUGGACAGCGAGAGGAAGCUGCUGCACAUUCACUUCCUGUCUGCACAAGAGAUGGGCAACGAGGAGCAGCAGGAGAAGCUGCUGAGGGAGUGGCUGGACUGCUGCGUGACGGACGGAGGCAUGCUGGCGGCCAUGCAGAAGAGCGCCCGCCGCCGCAACCACCCCCUGGUCACCCAGAUGGUGGAGAAGUGGCUGGACAGAUACCGCCAGAUCCGCCCCUGUGCCUCUCUGUCCGAUGGCGAGGAAGAGGAGGACGAAGACGAGUGAGCCAGCGGAGGCCAGGCAGAGACAAAGAGAGAGAGAUGAAGCUCUUUAAAAGACUGGACACUGCAGGCUCUGGGAGAGUUCCUUACUAUCUACAUUUCUUUUUUUCUUUUUAUUUUCCUUUCUCUGAAAUGUAAAUCUUUAACUUGUAAUAAUGCAUGUGUUCUGUGAGCUCUGUGAUAGAAAAAACAGCAACCCAGCACCGACAUCCAGAAUCCUGAUUACUGCUCCUAUGAAAGCACAUCAAGUCCACUUAGUUCGCCUUCCCGUUUGCCGGAUCUCCCUUCGUUUAUCAAGGUAAAUCAUCUCGAACCUGAGAGAUUUAAAAAAAAAAAAAAAAAAGUAGGACAUGUAGGAAAAUAUACUCUAUUUAAGGAAAUCCCGACGCUGCACUAGAUGAGAAAUUUCAUUUUUCGCCUGACAGAAUUAUUAUUAUUUUUUUUUUGCUUAAAAACUGAGAGGAUGCUUAUCUGUCUGUGUGUAUGUUUGGGGUUUAAAGAGCACCUGUUUUUUUUUUCCCCCCCGAUCGCUGAUCCUCCCUGCAAACCCCCCCCUCCCAUCUGAUGUUGGAUUUAUUUAUUCGUUUAGAGAGUUAACGCGCAGAGGCGAUGCCUUUUUUUUUGUUCUGCUCCCCCACCCCCCAGUUUUAUCUGUGUUCCGUUUGAUCCAUUCAGUCUUGAAGUAUUUUUAUUUUGCACAGAUUAUACCUACAUUCUGUGAGGGGGGGAGGGGGAGAUAAAGGACGUACAAGUUUACUGACAUUUUUACGUGUGAUUUAGUCGCUCAUUGUCAUGUUUAGAGUGGGUGGUGGUGGUGACGCUGGUGGGGAAAAGAAAAAAAAAACCCAAACACUGCCUCUUUCUAUAGAGUGCAUUAAUAUUAAAUUUGACUCACUUGCA